CCAAAGUCGAAUCGAGAUCGAGAUCGUCACAAAACAUACCACCUCUCGGUAGACAUAUAAGAAGGAGUACUCCGACUGAUACCCUCACACUUAUAUCUUAAAAACCUCAAGCACAAAACAAUCAUCGAAAUGGACUUUGCUAUUCAGGACAAGGAGGGCAACCUCUCGCUUCCCAACGGUACCACCGUCAACGGCACUAGUAACGGCGCUUCCACCCCUUCCACCAACGGCAAUGCCAACUCGCAAUCCGCCUCCAUCCCCCUGCCCGUCCGAUCGGACCCUUCGACCACCCAGAGGUCUUCCCACACGGGAACUUUCGGUGUCAAGUCCGGUCUCGCCCAGAUGUUGAAGGGAGGUGUGAUCAUGGACGUCAUGAACGUCGAACAGGCCAAGGUCGCAGAGGAGGCGGGAGCCGUCGCCGUCAUGGCGUUGGAGAGGAUCCCGAGUCUGAUCAGGAGUCAGGGUGGAAUCGCCAGGAUGUCCGACCCUACGAUGAUCAAGGACAUCAUCGACACCGUCUCCCUGCCCGUCAUGGCCAAGGUCCGAAUCGGACACUUUGUCGAGGCUCAGAUCUUGCAGGCCAUUGGCGUCGACUACAUUGACGAGUCCGAAGUCUUGACCAUGGCCGACGAUGUUAACCACAUCCACAAGGCUCCCUUCAACACCCCCUUCGUGUGUGGAGCCAAGAACCUGGGUGAGGCUCUCAGGAGGAUCGGUGAGGGUGCCGCCUUUAUCCGAUGCAAGGGAGAGGCUGGUAGUGGAAACGUCAUCGAGGCCGUCAAGCACGUCCGAACGCUCAACUCUGAGAUCAGGAAGGCUAGCACCCUGUCCGAGGAGGAGCUUUACACUUACGCCAAGGAAAUCUCGGCUCCUUACCACUUGUUGAAGGAGACUGCCAGGCUGAAGAGGCUGCCCGUCGUCAUGUUCGCUGCUGGAGGUAUCGCUACUCCUGCCGACGCCGCCUUGAUGAUGCAGCUCGGAUGUGAUGGUGUCUUUGUCGGAUCCGGUAUCUUCGCCUCGGGCAACCCCGCUCAGCGAGCCAAGGCCAUCGUCCAGGCCACCACCCACUACAACAACCCCAAGAUGCUCGCCGAGGUCUCGGCCAACUUGGGAGAGGCCAUGUCCGGAGUAGACGUUGCCGACAACAUGCCCGGUGGAAGGAUGGCUGGUAAGGGCAACUAGGGUGGAUAAUUUUGUUGAGGUUGUUUCAGAUUAUCGUAACCUGCGAUAAGGGGGUUCGUUUUUGUCUUGUGCAUCGUGCGAUUAUACAAAAGUCAUACGCAAAGCCUUCUCAUUUGGCAUAUGGGGAUGCUUCAGAGUUUACCUGGAAGUUCAAGUUGUGGGCACGAGAAGGAGGCUUCCGCACAUCGUCACGACAAGUCAUUUAUGGGGCAAAUCCCAGGCUGACCUUGUUUCAACGAUGGUCGAAGUAGACGCUCAGGUUGAAGAA